AGACAGCUUAGUCAGGUGACAGUGGCGGAGCAUACGUAGCGGGAGACGCGGAAGGACGCGAGCGUGUACAGGGCCGGGGUCGGCGCCGGACAUGCUGCCCCGGGAGCUGCCAGGGCUCGCGCUCCGGCGCCCGCCGCUGGUGCUGCCGCCGCCGCUGCUGCUGCUGCUGCUGCUGCUGCUGCUGCCCACGCAGUGUCCCGCCGGUGGCGCCGCGCGGUUCGAACCCACCUGGGAGUCCCUGGACCGCCGACAGCUGCCCGCUUGGUUCGACCAGGCCAAGUUCGGCAUCUUCAUCCACUGGGGCGUGUUCUCCGUGCCCAGUUUCGGGAGCGAAUGGUUCUGGUGGUAUUGGCAAAAGGAAAAGAUACAAAAGUUUGUGGACUUUAUGGAAAAUAAUUACCCUCCUGGUUUCAAAUAUGAAGAUUUUGGGCCACUAUUUACAGCAAAGUUUUUUAAUGCGAGCCAGUGGGCAGAUAUUUUUCAGGCUUCUGGUGCCAAAUAUGUUGUCUUAACUUCCAAACAUCAUGAAGGCUUCACCUUGUGGGGCUCCGAGUACUCGUGGAACUGGAACGCUGUGGAUUUGGGGCCCGUGAGGGACAUUGUCAAGGAACUUGAGGUAGCCGUUCGGACCAGCACCGACCUGCGUUUCGGACUGUACUAUUCCCUUUUUGAGUGGUUCCAUCCGCUCUUCCUUGACGAUCAAUCCAGCUCAUUCCAGAAGCGACAAUUUCCAGUGUCUAAGAUGCUGCCUGAGCUCUAUGAGUUGGUGACUAAGUACCGGCCCGAGGUCCUGUGGUCAGAUGGUGACGGAGGAGCGCCCGAUUGCUACUGGAACAGCACAGGCUUCUUAGCUUGGCUGUACAAUGAAAGCCCAGUUCGGGACACGGUAGUCACCAAUGACCGUUGGGGAGCUGGCAGUAUCUGUAAGCAUGGCGGCUACUAUACCUGCAGUGAUCGUUAUAACCCAGGACAUCUUUUGGCACAUAAAUGGGAAAACUGCAUGACAAUAGACAAGUUUUCCUGGGGCUAUAGGAGGAAUGCUGGAAUCUCUGACUACCUUACAAUCGAAGAAUUGGUGAAGCAACUGGUGCAAACAGUUUCAUGUGGAGGCAAUCUUUUGAUGAAUAUUGGGCCCACACAAGAUGGCACCAUUCCUCCAAUUUUUGAGGAGCGAUUAAGGCAAAUGGGGACCUGGCUAAAAGUCAAUGGAGAAGCCGUUUACGAAACCAUUCCUUGGAGAUCCCAGAAUGACACUGUCACCCCAGAUGUAUGGUACACAUCUAAACCUGAAGAAAACUUGGUCUAUGCCAUGUUUCUCAAAUGGCCCACAACAGGACAGCUGAUUCUUGGCCAACCCAAAGCUACUCUGGGGUCAACAGAGGUUAAACUACUGGGACAUGGACAGCCACUUCAUUGGACCACUUUGAAGGUCCAAAAUGGAAUCACGGUAGAACUGCCACAUCUAACCUCUCAUCAGAUGCCCUGUAAAUGGGGCUGGGCUUUGGCACUAACUAAUGUGAUGUAAUGUGCAACAGGGUGGUUGAUGCUGCAGUUACAUCUCAGAUAAGAAGAUAUCAGGUGUCUAUAAUUGUAGCACAUAGAGAAAACAAAUGUAAAACAGGUCAAGAAAAGUCAAAUAAUUGUUUAGGCAAUGCAGCCCUUUUCCCCUCUUACUCCCUAAUUUUUUCCCUAAAUUACGCAUGUAACUGUUUUAACUCACCAGUGCACUUUGUGAAGGGGUUCAGAACAGGCCUUCCCAAGAUGUGUCACUUUGACAUUGUGAAUUAUUUUGAACUGAAAGUAAUCAAGACCUUAUAGGCUCAUGAGAAACUUUUACCUCUCCCUUAAAGAAUUUAAAUUUGGGGCCUUGCCCAUAAUAAGAGUUAUCACUAGAAAUAACUUUUUGUGCCCUAUGUAUAGGACAGGGCAAACGUGUAAUUACUGAACAUCUGAUUUUCUUAUCGUCCUGUGAAUGACCUUCCUCCCCUCUGAAGCCCAAAGGCACAUUAUUACCUCAACCUUAGCUCAGAAUGCCGUAUCAACCUCAUUUCAACUUUUGGUCUUUGAACCUCUCCUGUAUGUGGGGUCUCUGACUCUCUCAUGUAUGUGGGGUUCCCACACAUACGUAUGUAAUUAGUUUGAUUAUCUUCUCUUGUUUAUCUGCCUCAUGUCAAUUUGAUUAAACCGGCUGGAAGAACCUAUAGAAGGGUAGGGGAAUAUUUUUCCCUUCCCUACAUUUGCUACUGAAAUCUCUUCCCUUGAAUUUAAUUCCACGUGUGAUUCAGAGGUGGAAAUUUGUAUUUUAGAGUAACUAGGAAUUGGUGGCAUUAAGGACUAAAUGGUACCUCCUGCCAAAUUCAUAUGUUGAAGCCCCAAUCUGACUGUCUUUGGAGAUAGAGCUUUAUAAAGAGAUCAUUAAGGUUAAAUGAAAUCUAAGGGUGGGGCCCUAAUCCAGUAUGACUGGUGUCCUUGUAAGAAGGGGAACAGAUAUUAGGGAUGCAAGCCUACAGAGGAAAGGCCCUGUAAGGAGACAGUGAGAAGACAGGCCAUCUGCAAGCCAAGGAGGCCUCAAGAGAGGCCUCAGGAGCACCCAAACCUGAUGACACCUUGGACUUUGAGCCUCCAGAACUGUGAGAAAAAAAAUUACUGUCACCCAGUUGGCAGUAUUUUGUUAUGGCAACCCUAGCAGAGUAAUACAAGUGGUAGGCAUAUAAUAAAUUUGACCUAAUAUAUUUCCAGUGCUUGUAGUAAUUGUGUUUUCAUAAAAAAAAUUGUCUUUUUUCUUCUUGGUAAUAAAACUGACAUGUUCACUGUAGAUAUUUUAAAACAUACAGAAAUACUCAAAGAUAAAAUCACUGUUCAGAUCACCACUAUUAACAUUUUAGUACAUAUUCAUCCAGAUUUUUUUGGGGGUGAAGAAGGGGUAUGGGAUUGGAGGUUUGGGCCUAUUUUAGUAGGUGGGCUAAUUUGAGUUCCAAUUGAAUUUAAUAAAUUUGCUUCCUGUAUUUGCCUUCAAGCAAGCUAAAGUUGAAAACCUAGUUGAAAAUUAGGAAAUCAAUUUAGAUCUUCCCUAAGGAUAAAGCAAAAUAAUGAAGCAAAAAUAAUACUAAUUUUGAUGUAACUUUAAAGAAACACUAAUUAACUGUUGAUUAACUUCAACAAAAGAUGUUCAAUAUGGCCAGAUCUUUAUUUGAAGUGUUACAGCUUCCAUUUUGUCACAUUAAUCAAAUGUGGAUACCUCAUUGUUUCUGAAAAAACAAACAAACAAAAAAGCUUCAAAUAGAGAGUGAAAUAAAACACUAUUCAUAUUUAGUUCCUAAGACCAUGCUAAACUGAGAAACUUAAAAAAAAUUACUCAUUGUUGAAUUUCAAAUUUUUGAAACCAUGCCAAAGUAUUUACAUGAAUAAAUACUAUAAUAGUUCUAAAUCUCUAUUAAUAUUUUAUUAGAGAUACACUGUGUGGACAGAUUAACAUGAUCCCAAACACCAGACUAAGAAACAGCAAAAAAAAAAAAAAAAAAAAGGAAAAAACCCAAACAAACUCGAAAAAACAGUGUUAUAGAAUCUAAAAGUAGGGUCAUUGUUUGUUUGAAAAAAGUAUUUUUGAGAUUAAAAUCUGUCAACCACUUAAAUUCUUAAAUUCUUACCCUGUCCACCUUUAUUUACACAUUGAACAUAAAGGAGAAAAGUGGAAAUAUUUAAGAAAAUUAUAAUUAGAUAUAGGAUAUAGUUAAUAAGUAGCUAUUAUGGAGCUAAAUGACAAAAUACAAACCAUCAACAAAACGUAAAGACAGCCUAUUGAAUAGGAGAAAAUAUUUGCAAAUGAUA